CUUUUGCUCUCGCUCGAGACGGGCCUUUCGACAGGCAGUCGGGCCUGGAACUCGAUCCUCGCAAGUUAAACGAAAGGCGCCGCGUGCCGCCGCGAGCAACUCAGCGCCGUCGCACAGUUUCAUUCGCAGUGAGUUCAGCCGGUGCCUCCAAGUUCGACGCCGAGUUGUACAAUGCCAAGCUGAAAAGAGAAAGAGAAUUGGCGCCUUGGAGAACGCGAGGACGACGCUACGUACGCGCACGCAAGCCAAUGGAGUCGAACAGGAGGACAAUGAGGCUAAGCCUCGCAGUGUGGUUGGGCUUUUGCCUGCUACUGGUGACGCCGCGGGCUCAAGGAAGAAGUGACGGUGCACCAACGAGCACCUGUGCAGACUUGAUGCCGCAGCACGGCAAGGAACCGCAGAACUCCCCGUCGCCUUAUCAACUUUUACCGUCUAAAGGGCAGGGUAGGAUACGAUUGAUUCUCGGUAGUCCGCAAGGCGAUGGUUACGAAGGUUUCCUCAUUCUGGCUAAGGACGUCAACACUGGCGAGGUCAUUGGCGAAUUUAAUAAUUUGCCCGAGGGAUCGGCUAGGCAUGUCGAAUGUACUCCUAACAAGAAGAAUGGCGUGACCCACGUACAACCACAAAAGAUCCACAAUCUCGAGCUCGACUGGGAGGCACCAGCGGAUUACGAGGGCACAAUUGUAUUCAACUCAACAAUCUGCAAGACGUGGGACGUGUUCUGGGUUGGCGUUGAGUCGCCCCGUAUCUCGGUAGUGAAGCGCUCAAUCGACAUCCACUCGACGCCCCCAAGCAUUGCUGCGUUCCCGCGCGCAACCACUCCACCCUACUACACCCCGACCACCGAGAACCUGCCAAAUAUUGGAGAUGAUCUGUUCUACGAAGGUUGUGGAUCUAGUAAAAACUGUUUCGGUAGUCCUGAAAACUGCUUUGAGAAGAAAAACUGCCGCAUCGCCGUAUCUGUGCUCGUCGAAGGUGAACGUUACAUUUUUGAGGUGCAGUCCCGUGAUCAGGAAUCUAGAUACGUUUCCGUUGGUCUGUCUGAAGAUGAGUUUAUGGGUGACGACAGUGUUGUCGAUUGUAUUAAGGGGGACAAUGGUGCGGAAAUCCAGAUGUCUUGGAAUUCUGGCAGGAGUAAUAAACUGAUAAAUACGCCACCCGGUGCAAUAGAGAAGAUAUCCACUUCCUCUCGGGAUGGAAUUUUAUCAUGCAAGUUUUACCGCAACAAGAUAACUACAAUCGAAGGUGUACAAUUCGACCUUGUCACAAAACCCUACCAUCUUCUUCUCGCCUCGGGAACUAGUAUAAAAGCCGCGGGUAAUGUUGGUUUUCACAACUUACUCAAAGUAUCCUCGGGUGAACCGAAACUACUGUCGGAUGUAGGAUAUGUCAAAUCGGCAAGUGAUUUGCUCAUCAGAAUUCACGGAGCUCUCAUGUUGGCGUCUUGGAUUGGAACUGCGUCUAUUGGUAUGCUUCUUGCCAGGUAUUACAGGCAAACCUGGGUCGCGUCGCAACUUUGUGGAAAGGAUCAGUGGUUUGCUUGGCAUCGUUUUUUCAUGUUCCUAACGUGGUCCAUGACAAUCGCCGCCUUCGUAGUAAUCUUCGUUCAACUGGAAUCUUGGAGCACAGAGACGUACCACGCGUCGCUUGGUCUUGCGACAACGAUCUUAUGUUUCAUUCAGCCAUUUAUGGCAGCAAUGAGGCCCCACCCAGGUGCGCCACGAAGAAUUCUAUUCAAUUGGGUUCACUGGUUCGUCGGCAAUGCUGCUCACAUUUGCGGAAUUGUCGCCAUAUUCUUCGCUGUACGUCUGGCGAAGGCCAAGCUGCCUGAGUGGGUCGACUGGGUACUUGUGGCCUACGUCGUCUUUCACGUGCUCACUCACUUCUUCCUCACGUUCGCCGGCUGUGCCUCCGACAAGCAGGGAAGCCAGCGGGUAAAUUCCUUUCCCAUGAAGGACGUGCACGCCCGCAACUCCAUGACGCAUCCGGACGCCAAGCGAGAUGCCCCGCACACCGCACUGAGGAAGUUAACGUUCGGCAUCUACUUCGUUGUGAUAGCGCUGUUCUCGGCAGGCCUCAUCGUCAUUUCUGUGUUCGCGCCCAUCAAGGACUCGUGGAGGAGCUUCGUCGAGGAGUUUAACAGCCACUGAGCCUCUCACCAGCAGCGGCUACGAAAGUAUCCAUCCGUCCAGUUCGAGCAUUUUUCCCCCCUUUCUUUUACGCAACCUCUCGCCGCCAGUGGAUAUCGUCUCGUUCAUUAUUCUUUUACGCGAGCGUGUGCCAUAUAGCUCUUCUUUUCCUUUUAUCGAUGCCUCGCGAUGGAUGUCGUGCUGGUUUAUAUUGCAACGACCAAUUGCCGCGUAACUGACGCGUUUCACGGUGGACAGCACUAUUUCCAUCGCAGCAGCGGAGACAAAAAAUUAUUAACGCGACACGAUGAUCUACUUCUUAGAGAGAGGCGACGAGAAAAACCGGAGAAAGCUAGGUAUGAGUGACAGUAGCGCGUUAAACAAAACCAAAACAAGCAGCAUAAGAGGGUGGAAGAGCCGCCAAAGUAAUAUAUGUAUAUGUAUACGUGCACGUAUAUAUAGGCUAGGUUCUAGCUUUAAAAACAACCCUUUUUGCUGUCAGAUUACGGCUAUCUUUAGUGCACGCAUUCAAUCUCGCUCGCCGUUGUUCGCUGAAAUACUCGCGGGUCAUUUUUUUUUCUCUCUUUUUAUGCAUGAAGUAGAUUUUAUUUAACGCGUCUACGACGAGUCUGUGACUAUAUUGCAAUGUCCGUAUAAGAGCAAAGACAGCGAAAUGUAAUUGUGGCGGACGUGAUAGCUCGGAAUAUUUUGAGUGACGUAUACGUUUUCCUCGAAAGAGCUAAAGAUACCGCGUUGUACCAAAUUAAUUCUAACCUGAAGGGAAAAAGCUAUUGACUUGGAAUGCUGAAACAUGUUUUUUUUUUUUUUUUUUUUUUUUAAGAUAAUCCAUAACGUAUAAUUAUUUAUUUAUGAUAAUAUAAUCUUACUUUUUUGUAUUCCUUAUCCUAAGUUCAUUCGACUUGAGAUGUAAUUCUGAUAUUAAUAAAUUUAAAGUAGGUAAUGUUUACAUUAGUAGGUUUAUCUUGCGUAGCUACUAUUUUUCAAAAAUAUUUUCAUGUACAGCAGCAUUAAUUGUAAGUCUUACUGUCGUAACUGUGUUCGUGAUUUCAGAUAAUACUUUUUCAAUACUUGCAUUUUAAUCACUUUCGAAAUGUUCGCUAACUGUUCCAGUUGCGUAUUUGUAUCCGCGAAAGCUCUUUCUGCAUUUACUUCAUUACAGAACGCAAUAAUCGAAUAAUAGCACGUUAGGAGAGCAAUCUACAUCACAACGACCCAUGAAAGUGUUCGAAAUGUUGUAUUUGAAACAAUACUGUAAUGAAAUUUCUUAACUAGCUCAACGAAAUUGUGAAAAUAAAGAGUACUUUUUGCAAGAAACAAAGUAAUAUUUCAUUGCGAAACAUUAACAUUAUUUCUCUGUAUUCCUUGAAAAUUCAUUAGCGAAUCUUGCAGAAACGUAUGUUAAGCUCGAGAGGCCGAUGUUUAAGCGAUAAGCACUCCAACAUCGUACGUAUAGUUCAAGUAAGAAAUAAUUUAUAUGGCGCUGUUCGCGGUAUUAGACUUACCGAGUAAUUUAUGUGUAUACUUCACGUGCGUGUAAGCUCACUUGUAACUUUCACGAUAACAACGCGUAUCGUACGUAAAUUAUAAAUUGAUGAUGAUUCUCGGUAGUUGAUGUGCUUCAUUUUUGCAAAUAUGUAUUUGUAUUGUAAGACACGUUGAUGAAUGAUUACUCUGAAAUAAGGUCACGUGGUGCUGCACAAUAUGUAUAUCAUCAGUUCGAUUCCGCUAUUUUUAUUGAAAUCAGCAAACAUUGGCUAAUCAGCAAUAAAUAUUUUUA